GGAUUUUUGAUGGACUUAAAUAUCUUGGGGAGGAAUAUUCUUUGCCUUGCCUGAAAUCGAAACGAUCAAGAUCAACCAAAACAGAAGAUCAGCUGCAGCUAUCAAACCGACAAUGACGAUUGCUCUCUGCUUCACCCCAUCAUUCUGCCUCCAGAAACAGUUCAUCACUCCAAAACCCCCACUUCAUAGCUAUACUAACCCCAUCACUAUUUGCGCCACACGCUCCAGAUACUCCAUUACCCUUUCUACUAGAUGCAGCGUCAAUCAAAAUCCUGAAAGUUUUGCAGCACUGGAUAAGCCCAGAUUGGAGGAGUGGCUGUCCGCUGCUGCCAGCUUGUACCCUGUUUACGUCACAGUUGGCGGAGUGCUUGCUUUCAUCAGACCCUCCACAUUCUCAUUUUUCGUGAAUAUGGCCCCCAAUUCCUAUAGCUUCACGCUGGGGUUAAUCAUGCUCUCUAUGGGGAUUACUUUGGAGUUCAAAGAGUUGAUCGAUUUGUUCAGGCAAAGACCACUUUCUAUUCUUUAUGGAUGUGCUGCUCAAUACACUAUUAUGCCUUCUUUUGGAUGGAUAGUUAGCAAGCUGUUGGGCCUCUCACCAUCUCUUACAGUAGGUUUGAUACUUCUCUCUUGCUGUCCAGGAGGAACAGCAUCCAAUGUGGUCACCUUACUUGCUCGAGGAGAUGUUCCAUUGUCAAUUGUAAUGACAGUAUGUACAACCCUUGGAGCAGUGAUUCUUACUCCUCUCUUGACUAAAAUUCUCGCUGGAACUUUUGUCCCUGUUAAUGCUGCUAGCCUGUCCAUGAGCACCUUGCAGGUGGUAGUUGCUCCAAUUUUGCUUGGUUUGUAUCUACAGAGCAAAUUUCCUGAAGUUGUGAAACUACUGACUCCAUUUUCCCCACUAGUAGCUGUUAUUGCUUCCUCAUUGCUUGCUUCCAGUGUAUUCUCAGAAAAUGUCAUCCGCCUGAAGUCUUCUUUUGCCGCAUCAUCAUCAUCUGCUUCAUCUCUGAUUGAUAGUGCUCAAUCCAUGCUCUCCAGUGAGUUGGGUGCUGUUGUACUUUCAGUAAUAUUGCUCCAUUUAGCAGGUUUCUUCGUUGGGUAUCUAUCUGCUGCUUUAGGUGGAUUUAAGGAACCGCAAAGGCGCGCAAUAUCGAUUGAAGUUGGCAUGCAGAAUUCCUCUCUGGGAGUGGUUUUAGCUACGUCCCAUUUUGCCUUGCCAUUGGUUGCAUUACCUUCGGCUAUGUCUGCAGUGCUCAUGAAUAUCAUGGGCAGCAGUCUAGGCUUCUUCUGGAGAUACAUUGAUCCGUCCAAUCAAAAGGAUGAUCUUGAAGUCGCUGAAGAGUGACGACUCACGUCUGCUUUUGGUAGAAAGAAUCCAAGCUUGAUGGGGUACCAUAUUACUGUGUUUGUGGCCUCUUCUUUUCUAGAACCGUCUGCCUUCAUCAUCGCCAUCGCCAUCGCCAUCGCCAUCGCUAGUGUUGUUACUAUCUCUACAUAAUAUAAUGCUCCAAUGAUCAAAUUCCUAUUUCAUGUUCCUUUUUUGGUCUGCAUUGGGGGGUCGAAUUGGGCUGCCCACCAUGUGCAAGAGCGUCGCGGUUAUUAGUUUUGUUUAUUAUUUUCUUUUUUAAAGUUCCCCCAUUUCUAUGGUAAGUACACCAAACAAGAUUUUAAUUUGUAACUUUGUACAACUGAUCCUCUUUUUCUUUUUUUUUUAUUGAGUAGCUCCAUAUAAUGCUAUACUGUACUACUAUACCAUUCACAAAAAAUAGUCAUGUUUUAUCA